AUGGAAGGCGAAAAAUUUAUAACAAUAAUAAUUAAAAGUCAUUUUGAAAGGAUUAUAGAACUUUACGAGUUUGAUACAGUUGAAUUACUGCAAAUUGCCAUCCACAGAAUAUUCGAUAUAGAACCGAAGAAGCAAUUGAUCAAGGGCUGGAAAAACAUUCCUGAAUCCGAUGAUACUACAUUGAAUUUUUGUUUGGACCGCAACAAAGUUAAUUACCUAAUUUUAAGCAAAACUACCACAGAAGAUGAAUGCACGAUGACUAUUAGCAAAAAUUUAGAAUCCUUAGAACUCGAAGCCGUUCGAAGUUGCUACACACAAACACGCCAUUUUAUCUCUACACCUCACUUAAAUUUCAAUCUAGUAACUUUUCAAAAAGCAAUAAGCGAGGUUUUCACAGUCCCUCCUGAUCAGAGAAAAGCCAUCUGCUUGUACUUGCACAAUUCAAAUUCGCCGUUUCCCGAAAGAUUUUUCAAAAUGAUUCAACACGAAUCCCUCUCGUUAAUGAUAAUGAAUAAGUUUUAUAUGAUCGGUUGGGAUGUUCAAAGCGAAAAGCACCACAGCGCUCUGGGCAUCGCACUGACCGAGGCCGAUUUAAUCCACUUACGCAGUUUCAUCGAAACGAAAAUGUGCGCAGCCUUUAUAAUCCAGUACAUCGAGGGAACCGUGAAAGUGCAAGUAACCCUAGCGGAUGGCAUUACUAACGAAGAGCUUUAUAAACAUGUUAGAAACAAUCACGAUUUUCUUAUCGCCAGACGGCUCCAGCUGACUUGUACCGAAACCGAUCAAUGCGAAACUAGAACAUUAGAAGUAGACUCCAAUGGUUUUCAGUCUCUUAUGGGAGAGCGAUUGGGCGAUAGAGACUACACAUCCUACAGUUUCGACGAACACGAAUUAAUGAAAAAAAACAUAGGCUUCGCGCUUUUUGGUCCUCCCGAAGAGACGACAAGCUACAAUAGCAAACAGAAGAAGAAAAUUCAACAAAUAUACGAAGCAAUCGUCAAAUAUCAUUUUUCCGAGCACAACGGCCAAAUCGAACUCUCCGUCAUAUUCAAUUGCACCGAGCCGCUUCCCGACGACAAAGCGUCCAGAAAGAAGAAGAACCCCAAGUACAAUCCGGACGCCGACAUCAUUCCCGUUCCCGUCUUCGUCAUCAGAAAAUGCCGGGCCGGUCGAAACCCCUGCCGGAUUUUAAUCGACGACGUCGGGCGCAAAUACGAAUCCUGGACCAGUUACAUAAAUAACAACAAGCUCGACGAAUGCGUAAUGGUCCUGCCGAAGGACGGCAAAUACGCUUUUAUAGGCGACCGGGUGCAAUUGGAACGGCACCCGUCACCUUCCUGCGGAAUCGGCUCGAAAAUACUGAAAGUCGGCGACGUGGCCAGCAUAGUGGGCAGCUUGGGAUCGGGAGGGGUCAUGCUGGCGGGAGCGGCGGCCGGCAUCACCACCAUCGCGGUGGCUCCCGUCGCCCUCAUCGGCGCCGGCAUCGUCGGAGCCGGCGCCGGCGUCUACGGCCUGGGCAGGGGCAUCGGGAAUCUCGUCGAUAGAGUCAAACACGACCAGAGUUUGAGUUUCGCCGAUUCGGAAGCCCGAGGAAUCUACUUCAACCUGCUGGCGGGCUCCAUGGGCUUCGUGGGAGCCGGUGUCAACGUGGCAGUUUCGCAAUUGGCCGCUAGAGGCAUCGAAAUCGGGAAGGGUGUAGGGAUAGCGGUGAAUACGCUAGGCGUGGCGAAUAUAGGAGUGAGCGGCGCGAGCGUGAUUAAUUCCACCUACGACGUGUUCGAUCAAUGGUUGAACGAGCACCAGGCGCCUUCCAUGCUGACCAUAGUCCAGCUCAGCGCGUCGCUGUUGUUCUUUGGAAAUUCGGUUUACAAUUUCCAAACUUGCCAGGUGAUCGUCGACGAGGCUCAGGGGAAGGUGUUGCAGGAUUACUCGCAGUCGCUGCGCAGCAACAGGCACAGGAAAACUUUCAACAAAAUGAUGAAAGAAACGGUGAGACGGUGCGAGGGUAAUCAAAUGCGCGGCCAAGCGGAGGUGAUUAAAACGAUCAGGAACAUACCGAACAAAGACGAGGUGUUCGCGGUGCUGACGAGGACGAAUAAACUUAUGAACGAAAAGGGAGUGAAGUUCUUCGCCGGCGACGGAACGAUCCAAUUGAACGGCUAUAUUAUUAACAUGAACGAUUUUAUGAUUCUUAAUAAGCAAGAGGCUAGUACCUUUCUGUCUAAUCUGCCUUUGAAUGAGAACGUAACCGUCAACGAUACUAACGCAUUCAUCAAUAAGUAUUCUUUAACAAAUUGGACUAAUUCGCCGAAUUGGAUGUAUUUUGCCGCUUACGCAUUACGUCUAAUAGGGAGGUACGAAUCCGACGUGCAGGGGAUGCUGAUGCAAAUUGCACGAGACGUAUCGAACGCGGUGCAGAAAUAUGUCGACUCGUAUUUGAACGAAAUAAUCGAUAGAAAUCUUUGGACGUCGAAGGUGCUUAAGUGGGUCAUGGAGUAUUAUAGCGGAAAAUCAGUGGAGUUUUUAAAAACGUUCAAAAAAUGGUUGGCAACUGGCGAUUGCAAUUAUUUCAAAGAAAAUUACGUUGAUUUAUCGGGCAUAGUAACUGAACGAAACGUUAAGAUUAUUUCGAUGCUCAUUCGACUUUCUUUCAAAGAAGGAAAGUUGAAUUCGCAUGAAUUUUUGGAAAUUACCGAUUAUGUCAUGAAACUUACGUUAAAAAAAAUAUGCAAAUACCGAAAGGACGAGGAGCGCAGUAAAGAGAUAAAUCAAAACGACACUAAACAAUGCACAAAAGUACAAUGCAAAAUUUGUGAUGGUUAUUAUUUUCAGUAUUGA